AUGGAUGUUACCGAUGCAUUCGAUAAAGAAAUCGGAAUUAGAUCAUAUGCCACCAUUGUGGCAUUACAGGAAGCUCUCUCCAAAUUCAGCCGAUAUCAAGGCGUAAAGUUUAAGGUAGCAAGCUCUUUUCGAUAUAACGAGGGUGAUCCACGAAAAGAGACUCUUGCCUAUUCCAAAGCUACCUUUGCCUGUGUUCUUAAAAGAACGCACCAUUGCCCAUCAUUUUUCCGUGUGGAGGUCCGAAAAGGUGUUCUACAGGUUGUCGAACGCGCUAUGGAACAUAAUCACUCCAGAAUAGCUGGUGAUCCCCUCCCAGUUGUAGAUCUCACAGAACAAUUCGAAUCGCAUUUUAAAAAUGUCAAAUUGAUGUCAUUUAACGAGGUAAUGGCGAAAGUAAAGUCCUUUGAAGAGGCCACUGGUAGUGGAUUUCGUGUCGGACGCUCAGAUCUCUUCAAACCCGGUGAACCCGAAAGGGACCAAUUCCGCUAUCGGCGAAUCACCUACGAAUGUGUCCAUUUUGGCCAAAGAAAAAGUGUUGCUGCUAAUGCGGGCACUCGUCUUAUGUAUGAUCUCAACGGUUCUGCCUCUCCCCGUUCUCCUACUGCUCGGCUUGGUUGUAUGGCCAAAUUUGAUGUCCGUUACUCACCCCAGGGCUUUAAAAUUACAGCGGUGGUAAUGAAACAUAAUCACAAAGUAUCACCCUCGAGUUUGAGCGGCUUCGCUGUGGGAAAGUUGUCGAAACGGAAAUCAACUCAGUACCAGCAAAGGCAUUGUACUGAAGAUGGUGAUGAAAUCAGUGAGAACGGUGAACCAUUUGUGGAGGAUUCGCGGCAUGCGGAGAAAAUCCCAGGUGAGUCGAGUCCCACAAGUGCUAAGCAUCUCCGUGAAGCAUCUCCAGCUCCAACGGAGAAAGUUCGCUUUUCUGCGCCACAAUUGGUUAUUAGGGAUGAUAAUCGUGCUCCUCAACCCUAUUGGAUGACGAAUCCAGCAACUCUUCUAAGGAAGACUCUUCAUUCCGAACGUCCGUUGAAAAAGUCAGCAGAAGGUGGAAUUGAGACAUCAUCUUCCCCGGAAUUAAAUCAGUCAGAGAGACGUCUCUUACUUUCCGGAAAGAUGCAAAGGCUUCUAGAAAAGGCCUGUCUUGGAGAUGACAAGAGAUUUUACCAGUGUUGUGGAGUAAUGGAUAAUUUGGAGCGGGAAUGGGCCAGGGAAGAUGCGAUGAUGAUGAAUCCGUCUGUCCUUCGGCAUAGUUCUUGUAUCAUAAUGGAAUAUUAUCGCUGCAUUUCUGGAAAAACAGCGUAUACUAAUGUAGAUAGAAGCGCUCCACUUGAAAUCUUACGAAAAAGAAACGAACGUGUUGAUAUGGAAUUUCCGCAUUUACCUGAAGCAGAACGCUUUCAUCGAAAGUAUGCUAACUUUGAGGAAAUCAACAAAACCGUUCCCAUGAUGGAAUGUAUUCCUGCCGAUGCAGUUUUCGCUAACAGGGAAGUUCGGCUGAGCGAAGUGGAUGUCUAUGGCUUUGAUUAUGAUUAUACUCUUGUGACUUAUACUAAUGAUCUUGCAGAUUUCAUAUUCGAUACAACUAUUGAUAUGCUCGUCUCGAAGUGGAAGUAUCCGGUCGAGCUCAAAAAGAUCAGAUAUGAUCCAAACUUCCUUAUUCGUGGAUUGCAUUAUGAUAUAAAAACAGGUUAUCUGAUGAAAGUGGAUGGUUAUCGAAAUAUUCAACCUGGCACAGUAUACAAGGGUUUGAAACCAGUUCCUGCAGAUGUGGUUCAAGCGAAUUACAAAGGACUUUACAUUCCUUCGGGUCUUGUUAGAGGCUCGGUUGCCACACCAGAGCACAAAAUGACACAAAUGAUGGAUUUCUUCGAACUUCCCGCAGCUUAUGCUGUUUGUUCUGUAAUUGAGCAUUUUGAUCAAUCUGGCAUCAUCUACCAACCAGAAUGUAUUUAUACUGACGUCAAGAAAGCCAUCGAGUAUAUUCAUAGCUCAGGGCUCCUUCACAGUACAAUCUGUGCUGAUUUAAAACGCUACAUUAAGCCCAAUCCCCAACUGAGAGAUCUUCUAAUUCACCUAGCUUCUCACGCUAAAGGCCUAUUUCUUAUCUCAAACAGCGGAGCAGAUUUCAUAAGCAAAGGUAUGAAAUAUGUCGUUGGCAAUGGCUGGGAACGCUUCUUCGAUGUAAUUAUUGUAAAGGCUAACAAACCAGAUUUCUUCCGGUCAAAUUCGGCACCAUUCCGAGAAGUAGACGAGUCGGGAGCUUUCCAGAGCUGGGCGGAGUGCACAAAGUUGGAACGAGGUCGUCUUUACCAAGGGGGUAAUCUCAAUCUUUUGAAUAAACUGGAGGGUUGGCAAGUGCAACGAGUUCUCUACUUUGGAGAUCAUGUCUAUUCUGAUUUGGCGGACGCCUCCAAUCAAUGGGGAUGGGCCACUGCUGCUGUAAUUCCAGAAUUAGAAAACGAACUUGCAUUAAUCAACACAGAAAGCUACCAGAAGAAUCUUCAUCGUCUUAUAUUUUUGGAGGAACUUUUAAUGGAGAAUCCGACGUGUCGCACAGCAGUUGGUCAAGCGAUUCUUAGUUCCUGGCGCAAGGAACGUGACCAAUUGCGUCAGGUAUCAAAGGAGUGUUUCAAUCCGCGGUUUGGUAGUGUGUUUCGCUCUUUUCACAACCACUCCUACUUUGCUCAGAGAUUGGGCCUCUAUGCAUCGAUGUACACCUCAACCGUCACAAAUUUGCUUCAAUUGCCGAUCAAUCAUAUUUGCUAUCCACGACGGGCUCUCUUACCUCAUGAGCCUCAUUAA